CUUUGACUUUCUUUCCAAAUAGAAAAUAACCAUUACUCUUCCUUUCUUCCUCCCAUGGUCGAAAGUAAUAAACGAAACUCACUCACGUUUCCGUUUGGCUUACGAAUUCCUGGACGCAGCAACAGUGUCAAGUCCUCAUCCACUCCACCAUCACACACACCUACUGCAAAACGCACAUCCUCCGCUACUACAACAAUAAGUAACCAGCAACAGCAGCAAUAUACAAUGUCGGCUCCUCCCCUUGAACGUCCACCAAGUAGCAACAGUUUCCAUCUUGCUCGCGGGAUCAAUAAUAAUAGCGCAACACACCAACAACAACCGGUGAUUAGCGACAGUGAUGAGGAGCGAGUCAAAACGCCAGCGUCACCAACAGGUAGUCCCAAUACAAUAAGCAACAACGAAGUACCAGAGUCACCUACAGCACGGCAGGACUCGGAAAGCUUGAAUUAUGUCAACAUAUCAGUAGAUGUUCAAGCUGGUCCAAAAAACCGAGCCCAGGCAAUCAUCGAUCGCUUUGGUGCCUGGCAAAUCAUUCUUCGCGAAAUUUUGAUAUGGUUAGAGCAAGUGGGGAGAAUCAACUUGCAAAGCAGCGAGCUGUAUUACCACAAAGUGUUACCGCAUGUCGAUUGGAAUGACAGUAGUGUCAAGCGCGGCACGCCCAUGGCAUCGAUACUUUACGGCUUCCGUUCAUUGACUGCCCGCGUUGCAUCCACGCAGCAUUCUGCUGGCAACAAGCUCUUGAACGAAUAUAUACCUGAGCUCGAGGCCUUGGCCAAGGAAUGCAAACGAAAAACCCAGACGCUCGACCAAGACCGUCAGUUUCGAAUGGACGAGCUGUUGCGACGCGCUGAUACAACACAAAAAACAAUUUCCCUGCUCAGUAAACAGUGUCAAGCGGCAGCAUCGACAGGGGGUCAUGUCUCACAGGAUCCUUGGCUCACGAAUCUUCAUGUCUUGCGUUAUUUGCAACGAGAAAUUCAAGAGGACAAUCGUCUUCGAACGGCCAUCAUCGACAUCCAGCAUCAAUCUGCAUUAUUUGAGAAGCGCAUCAUUCACGCACUCAAAAAAGCUGCUCAGUUCUGUUACGAUCACUAUGGAAACAUUGCCGUGUCACGGGAAACAGCACGGAUCCAGCGCAUGAUCGAAAAAAUGGACACCGAGCGCGAAUGGCAGCAAUUUUUGAGCAGCGAGGCCAGAGAUCUUGUUGUAGACGAAGUCACUCCGUCACGUAACUACCUUUUCAUCAAUUACAGCAAUAAGUUCCAUCCUGCCGUAAUGACUCUUGCCAAAGGCAACUUGGAACGUCGCACGGGUGGCAUUCGCAAACAAUACACUAAACGCUACUAUGUUUUGACGCAAUGUGGGUUCCUGCAUCAGUUCCAUGAAAAUGACAAGGUUAACCCAGAGCUUUCAAUAUUUAUUCCGAGGUCCACCGUUAUUCCGUCCAUUGAUAUUAGCCAUCUAGCCCACGAUGAGCAUGGUGGUAAUUACACUGUUGAAAUUCGACGAUCGGCAGCACUUCAACGUGACAAAGUGUAUAUACUCAAGGCGAGCUCGCGGGAAGAGCUGGUCGCCUGGUGUCGCUUGUUGGUUGAUAUUGCGACACGUAACCAUGGUCAUUCUGCAACAUGGAAAAAGAUUCAACGGAAAAGCAUGUUACCUGGUGAUAAUGAUGAUCCUACUACUGGAACACUAAGAAUUGAUACCACUUCCGUUGCGUUACAACGAUUAAGCACUAAUGCUGGCAAUGGCAGUCGACAAAACAACGGCAGCAGUAGUGCGCGACGAACAAGUCAAGCUCCUUUAUCCGCUCCAAUGACAGUAGAUCCACCCGUCACUACGACAGUGGAGACAACAACAGAUGGUGCCGCAGAUACAUCUUUUUCGUCACUGGGAUCCCCGCGUGAAGAGUAUUCCACCUCUGUUUCUCAGUUAGAAGAAAAAGGUUCCAAAGCCACUGAAGACGAUAAUAGUCGUGACCGUGCCACUAGCAUUCCGGACAAAGGCAAAGGACGAAUCAAGGAAAUAAUUGAAGCAGUGGUGGAGCCCAUAGCAGACAGUGCGGCUCCGAAAGAAACAGCUGUGGUAGCAACAAUACUGCGUAGCAACGAAACAGCUUCACUUAAGGCAAAAGCAGAGGACCGUCACGAAGAAAGGGAUGAUCAAAAGACACCGACAAAAGAGACUGGACCUAUACUUCUGGUCAAUAGUCGCUCAGAUCAACAAGUAGAGUUACCUCCAGCAAACGACGAGCCCCAACGACACUUAACACCGCCUCUUGGCGAGGCAAAGGACGAACGAAAAGAUACUACGACCAAUACUGACGAAAGUAACGCAAAGGCAACGGAGAAAGAAGGAGGAGAAAUUACAAACUUGGAAAAGCAGGCGUCAUCAGAUGAUAGCACCGGCAAGAGCUCCCCAGAAGCGAAACGAUCUUCUACUGCAUUAAUGUACUUCGUCAGUUAUCUCCCGCAACUUAACAAUACUUUUUCGACGGCACAAAGUAGUGACCAGCCCACCACUACAGCAAGUAAUCGAAACAGCAAUCAAUCAUUCCAAUCUUUACCAGAACAGCCGUCUUCUAGUGAAGAGACCACGUCACGGCAGUAGUAGCAGCAGCAGCAGCAGAAGGAGUAGAAAAGUGAACAGCUCUCUGCUAUUCUGGUUGUUGUCCUGUAUAUGAAUAUGCAAUAUCUAGUUCUAGUGUAUAAAGGUUAUUUAACACGGCAGCAUAUCGUUGUCAUCUAUUUCAAGAAGAAACAAGGAGUAUUACCAUGCGCAUAUAAACUGCACUUUUCUUCAAAGCAAGUUUUACUGUUACAUAGCUAGUAGAGCAGCAUCGCAUAUAAGCGUAUAUGUAACGUGUGUCGUUGACUUUGUAGUGCUUUCUGUCAAUAAUCACGAAGGAUCACAUACAAAUAAAAUUCCGG